AUGGAUUCCUGCAGUCUGUUCAACAUCAAGGGCAAGAAUAUCCUCAUCACCGGAGGCGCCAAGGGCAUCGGCCGCAUGAUCACCCAGGGCUACGCUGAGUCGGGCGCAAACGUCUUCAUCACCGGCCGCGAUGGCAAGGCCUGCGAAUCGGUUGUCGCCGAACUGCAACCCGUUGUCGCCAAAGCUGGCGGCUCGAUCUUUGCCAUCCCCGCCAACCUGCAAUCCUACGAGGAAUGCGAGCGCCUUGUCGCUGAACUGACGACCGCGAUUGGCCAAGCCGGGCGCGCCAAGGGCCUGCACGUCCUCGUCAACAAUGCCGGCGCGGUCUGGGGCGCCGACAUUGACAGCUACCCGGACCACGCGUGGAACAAGGUGCUGACGUUGGACCUGCAGCGCGUCUUUACGCUCUCGCAAAAGGCGUUGCCUCUGCUCGAGCAAGCUGCCACGGCCGACGACCCGGCGCGGCUGAUCCAUAUCGGCUCCAUUGACGGCAUCCGCACACCGUCGACGUCCAACUUUGCCUACUCGGCGGCCAAGGCUGGCCUGCACCAGCUCUCGCGGCAUUUGGCGAGGGAUCUCGGUCCGCGGUUCGUCACGAGCAACGUGAUUGCCUGUGGGCCGUUCCCCAGCCACAUGAUGAAGGCGACGCUCGAGGCGGCGGGCGACUACAUCAAGAGCGAAGUGCCCCUGCGACGGGUGGGUAAGCCUGAGGAUGCGGCGGGGGCUUGCAUCUAUCUGUCGAGCAAGGCUGGUGCCUUUUGCAAUGGCGCGACAAUUCGUGUCGAUGGCGGUGCGUCGCAGGUAGCCAAAAUUUGA